AUGUACACCUUCAAGAGCGUCGUGGUCAUGGUGGCCCUUAGCGCUGUCGGAUUCGGUAUUCCUCUUCAGCAGCGCAAUGCCGAUGCUCUUCCUCAGCUCGCUCCUCCUCCAGCCGGGCUCGGGCCGUACGGCCUCAAGAGCCUUACGUCCUCAACCAGUCCGGUGCCUGAGCCCACCCCAAUCGAGGAUCCCGUCUCCGUCCCUGACGAGCCUACCGCCGCUGCCGCUGUCGAGACUACCUCUGCCGCCCCUGCCGAGACUACCACUUCAGCCCCUCUCGAGACCAGCGUUGCCGCGCCUCUUGAGACUACAGCUGUCGCAUCUGUCCAGCCUACGAGCGUCGCCGCUGCUACAACUCUAUCUACGGCGAAAAUUGCAACCGCUUCCGGCUCGCCUUCUUCAUCCGCUGCCGUCCCCUCCAACACUACCGCUGGUUCGAACAAUGUCACUGUUGGCCAGCUGGUCAACAAUCUGCUCAACACCUUGCUCGGAGGUCACAGGUGA